GCGACCCAAGGUGGAUCCGGAGCGCGCCCCGUCCUUUGCGCUCAACAUGCCCAUGGAGCUGACGCAAAGCCGGAUCCAGAAGAUUUGGCUGCCGCCCGACAACCACCCGGCGCUGCCCCGCAGAUCAUGUGGACCUCAGCUUACCAAUUCCCCCACUGUGAUUGUGAUGGUUGGUCUCCCAGCUCGCGGGAAGACCUACAUCUCCAAGAAGCUGACCCGCUACCUCAACUGGAUUGGUGUCCCUACGAAAGUGUUUAAUGUCGGAGAAUACCGCCGGGAAGCGGUGAAACAUUAUAGCUCCUAUGACUUCUUCCGUCCUGACAAUGAGGAGGCCAUGAAAGUCCGCAAGCAAUGUGCCUUAUCUGCUUUGAGAGACGUCAAGCUGUACUUAUCGGAGGAAGGGGGCCAAAUUGCGGUUUUUGAUGCUACCAACACGACGCGAGACCGAAGAGCGAUGAUCGUACAUUUUGCCAAAGAAAAUGGAUACAAGGUGUUCUUCAUCGAAUCCAUCUGCAAUGACCCAAAUGUCGUCGCCACCAACAUUAUGGAAGUCAAAUUGUCCAGCCCGGAUUAUAGGGACUGCAACUCCGCUGAUGCAAUGGAUGACUUUAUGAAGAGAAUUAGUUGUUACCAGUCGAGCUAUCAGCCUCUGGACCCUGACGACACUGACAGAGAGCUGUCCCUGAUCAAAGUGAUCGACGUUGGCCGGCGGUACUUAGUGAACAAGGUUCAGGAUCACAUCCAGAGUCGAAUCGUCUACUAUCUGAUGAACAUCCACGUUCAGCCACGCACUAUUUACUUGUGCCGACACGGGGAGAGCGAAUUCAACCUCAAAGGGAAGAUUGGAGGAGAUUCGGGCCUCUCCAGUAGAGGCAAGAAGUUUUCCAUUGCGCUCAACCGUUUCGUUCAGGAGCAGAACCUGAAGGACCUCAAAGUGUGGACCAGCCAGCUGAAGAGGACGAUCCAGACGGCUGAAGCUCUGGACCUGCCGUACGAGCAGUGGAAGGCCCUGAAUGAGAUUGACGCUGGUGUGUGCGAAGAGAUGACUUACGAUGAAAUCAAGGAGAAGUAUCCAGAAGAGUUUGUCUUGCGUGACCAGGACAAAUAUUAUUAUCGCUAUCCAUCCGGGGAGUCCUACCAGGACUUGGUGCAGCGUCUUGAGCCGGUCAUCAUGGAACUGGAGCGGCAGGAGAACGUCCUCGUCAUCUGUCACCAGGCUGUGAUGAGAUGCCUCUUGGCCUACUUCCUGGACAAGAGUGCAGAGGAAAUGCCUUAUUUGAAAUGCCCUCUCCACACAGUGCUGAAGCUGACCCCCGUAGCCUACGGUUGCAGAGUUGAAUCCAUCUUUUUGAACGUUGAAGCUGUGAACACCCAUCGGGACAAACCUGAGGAUGCAAAGAAGGGGCCUAACACCCUCAUGCGCCGCAAUAGUGUCACCCCUCUAGCAAGCCCCGAGCCCACCAAAAAGCCGCGCAUCAACAGCUUUGAGGAGCACGUGGCCGCCGCCGCCGCUUCGGCUGCUCACCCCGUCUGUGGCCCCCAGGAGGUGCCCGCGCAGCUACCUGGACAACCUUUUCUGGGGAAGGCCUGCCUGUAA